AUGUAUAUGAAGCAAGGAAUUAGCCCGACACUAGUCUUUCCUGUCCUUCAGCUUCUUGUUGGCGCUAUGUGUUUAUCCGAAGAAGGCAGAAUGUCCUUAAUAAAGAGCCUUCGAGGAGUCGAUCUUGAGCUACGUCACGAGAGACUAAAAAAACUCAAAGUAGUUUCAUUGGAACAGAAAGCUUCCAUGGUGGACGCCCCACUGCAAAUCGCUGAAUAUGGUACACCUGACGACAUCGUGGAACCGUUUCCUGAAGGAGGAUCGAUUGUGAAAAUAAACCAGAACCAAGGAGUUGACCGAUACUUAUACGAAGGCGAUAUCAACCUCACCGAGUACGUUCACUUUGUCAACCUACCAUCGACGUCGAAUUCCUCUUCCACGAAUCCCGCCCUUCCUCAUCUUCAAGCAGAUUGGGUCGGCUGA